AUAUUCUACUUAAUCCCAGGUAGGUAGCGUUUGGAAAUAGUUGCUGAUAGUUCACAGAAGCUAUUUCUUCAAAUAUAUAUCGCGAAGGAAGUAUUAUUCUAAAUCACUCAAACAUCAUUUGUUGACGUUUUCUUUUUCAUCAGAUCAUUAAAAAAAACACAAAGACAAAGAAUGCAAACCGACUACCUAAAAGUAUCCCUCGCUGUCGCUACCAUGUCGUCACCGUCCGGAUGCGCCGCCGGGUGUAUACGGAAUGAGUCGAAACCUUCAGCGACAGCCAAUCCAAGACGGUCGAAGACGGAAACCCAGAAACCAUCGAGAAUACGCGAAUGCCUAACAUUUACAUCGCUAGUACAGUACAGUGUUCUCAGACUUGGACUUAGCCGUCGACCACCAGACCUGCAUCUGGUGUGUGGUGCUCUGCAGCAAACGUUGAGCCUCAUGGUCUAUGGAGGGAACGAAAAGCAGAGAUUGAAAUCGGAAACUACCGGAGUGCUGGGGCAAUGACGAGGCUACGAAAAAGGAAGGAACAGAAGAAGGUUACGGAAGGUGCUAUCGUCGACUGUAUCCGUCCCACAGAGGGAACACUCUUGCAACUCGUUGAGGAACGGGAUGUCAUAAUUCAUCCUCGCCAGCAGCCUCAGGGCAGGAUAUU